GGGUGCGCGUGCAAGAACACGGGUGGCAGCGGUGCUGGGGCGCGCUUGGCGCCGGGGGAUGCGCGGGGAGGGGCGGGGGUCUCCGCGAUGCCUCCGGCGAGCUCGUUUCCCGCGUGGGCGUGCGGGGGUGCACACGCAGCACCAGGGCACAGAUGCGGAGGGCGGGUAACCCGGGGGCGAUCUGGGAGGAAGCACACGCCCCCCACCACCCCGUGCCGGGUGGCGACCGGCGCUUGCGGAGCGCGGGGGGUCGGGUCCCCCGUGGGGGCGAGCUGGGCUGUUAGAGCGGCGUGGGGCCGGUCUUUGCGUGUCUGUGGCCAUUUGCUUCGUGCUUCGGUGGUGACCUGGUGCUGGGGGUGGGUGCAGAACGGGAACGGGAGGAUCUCGAUCCGGGAGGGAGACGCGACCCUUACCCGGGGGACUCUGCCACCGCUCCCUGCCCGCUGCCGAUAUCGUCUGGGCAAGUGCCACUGGUGCUUCUAAAGCCACAGCCCAGGUCUGGGCCACCAUCGGUUUCACAGCGUCCGAGCUGCUCUCCCCCUGUAGCUUCGUGCUUCAGAGCCAGCAGCCUCAGAAAGGAGACGGGAAUUGUCUCCAUCCGCUUCUUUUUCUUUCCAGAAGGAUCUUUGUGCGUUUUCUUGUCUUUGCAAGCGCCAGUCCUGCGCUACCGUCGAUGUGACUAAUAGGGCUGAUGUGGUGCCACCCCCGGGGAUGAGGGGCGACUCGUCCCCUGCAGUGCUGGCACGCGAGGGGGGUCCUGUUUGUCGUCCUGGCCCCCGGUGGUGCACUGGGGAGGACCCUGGCACGGGCCCUGCACCCCCUCCUUGUCCUUUGUGCAAACGGUUUAGCGUUUUAAUUCCCGAGGAGGUGCCGUGUCACUAUAGAGCGUGGCCGUGACUGAUGGCAAUAGGGUGGAGGUCACCAGAUCCAUCUUCUUGUGGAUCAUGGGAAACGCAGAAGAUAAAGUGAUUCUGCUGAAGUCCACCCUUCUGGGGGCGCAGGAGAGGAAAAUGAGGGUCUUGUGCUGGGUGUUGCUGCCUCUCCUCCUGAGGAGCAGCUCUGGAAUGUGUCGGGGAGCAGGGGAUGUCAUGCCGAUGGCCAUCAAGGCUCAGUUGGGGAGGUUGGUGCUCUCCUGCUCUCGGUGCCUCGGAGCAGUGGGCGCGUGGUCUGGAGGAUGCAGCAGUGCCGGGGGGAGCCGGGUGGAAUAGGAAAGAGCUGCCACCUUCAUCUCCAUCACCAGCAAGGCCCCUGGGGACAGCAAGACCAGAGGAGAGGGUUCCUAAGGGGCACCUGUUCUGGGAGCCAUGGAGGAAGUGCCGAGCCUGCCCGAGGAGCAGGCGGAGGGGGAGCCCAGGGAAGGGGCUGAUGGUUGUCUGGGAGAGCCGGGAACAGCGAGGUGGGAGCAGGCUGUGCACAGCAGCCGUCAGGAUCUGCAGGAGGAACCGACAGCUGGCACGGAAAUGUCCUUGGAGAUCUGGUGGAAGUCCCUGCACGACCUCGGCAUCCUCAGCCCGACCUCUGUCAUGUGCUGAGAAGGAUCAAGAGACUCCUCCAGGAAGGAGCAUUGGAAGCUGCUAGGCAACCUGAAGACCACAGUGGAAGGUUUGGUGUCCACCAGCAACCCGAAUGUCUGGUCCAAGUAUGGCGGCUUGGAACGGCUCUGCAGAGACAUGCACAGCAUCCUCUACCACGGGCUCAUCCACGACAAGGUGUGCUGCAGACAGAAGGAUUACUGGCAGUUUGUAAAGGACAUUCGCUGGCUGAGUCCUGGCUCUGCUCAUCAUCUGGAGAAGUUCAUCAGCCUGCAGGAGAGUGGCCAGCCUGACCCAGAGGGCCCAGGGGACCAGGCCAUCGCCCAGCUGUGGCUGCAGCACAGCCUGCAGUGCCACUGCCUGUCGGCACAGCUGAGACCACUCCUGGGGAACCGGCAGUACAUCAGGAAAUUCUACGCAGACACUGCCUUCCUGCUCAGUGACGCCCACGUCACGGCCAUGCUGCAGUGCCUGGAGGCUGUCGAGCAGAACAACCCCAGGCUUCUGGCUCAGAUCGACACCUCCAUGCUGGCCGGCACGUCACUGCCGUCCCUGUGCACGUCAGGUCCUUCUGCUGAGACAAGAGAGAUGUGUGACCGCAACACUGAAGGACAGGAGAGCCAUCUGCCUGGGGCACUGGGCUGCCUGGAUCGUUACACUGAGAGCCUGCUUACCAGGAAGAGUGAGGGUCCACCUCCGGUGACCAAGAGUCAGAGCCUGACUGCCCUCUCUGGGUCCCUGUACAUCCCCGCUGCAGGAUGCACACAGCAGCACUGCUUUGGGUCCUUCUCCAGCUUCCACCAUCCAGCCUCCUCUGGCCUCUCAGACAGGAGACCAGCGAGCUCCUCUGUUAGCUCCAGCUCUAGCCAACCCCAGGAGCGCAGCCCAUCCACCCGGUCCUCGUCCUUCAGCGAUGGCAGGUCCCCUCUGGAGCAGCCUGGCUCUGCUACCUGCUUCCAUGUCCCCUCACCCAAAGACCCCUUCUCUCCGGCCAGCGAGAUGAGCUCCAGCACCACCAGCCAGAGCGAGGACACUUGGACGGGGAGUCAGGAUGAUCCGCAAAGCGAUGCUAACGAUGGGCCCGAGUAUCUGGCCAUUGGGAACUUGGGGCGCCGUGGCCGAGCAUGCAGCAGCGCCAGCACCAACAGCACCAAAAGCAGCAGCUCCAAACUCUUCUCCUCCAGCAGCUCCCAGAAGCUGGACUCGGUCUCAUCCACAGGGGAGCAGGGGGCGAGUGGAGGUGGAAGCAGGGGCCUGAGCCUGUUGCGCCGGUCCAGCUUCUCAGAGGGACAGUCAUCAGCUCUGCAAGGCAUCCUCAAGAAGAGCCAUGUGCGCUCACACUCUGACACCAACGUGGCUUCGGGCAAGUUGCACGGAGCCCUCAGGGAUAUCACCAUUAUAAUAGAAGAUCCAGUGGCAGAGUCCCACGGGGAUCCAGGUGGAGGGAGAGGGCCGGUCUCUGCUUCCACCCAGAGCAGUGAACUGAGCACACCCAGCUCCCUCUACAUGGAGUAUGACUCUGGACAGUACCUGAGCUCAGGGGAAGGGAUGUUCAGAAGACCCUCAGAAGGGCAGUCCCUCAUCAGCUACCUCUCUGAGCAGGACUUCGGCAGCUGUGCAGACCUGGAGAAGGAGAAUGCCCACUUCAGCAUCUCAGAGUCCCUGAUCGCUGCCAUUGAGCUGAUGAAAUGCAACAUGAUGAGCCGGCAGCUGGAGGAGGAGGAGGAGGACAGCGACAAGGAGAUCCAGGAGCUUAAACAAAAGAUUCGCAUUCGGCGCCAGCAGAUCCGCACCAAGCACCUGUUCCCUACCUGCCAGGAGAUGGGCUCAGACGGUCUUGUGGCGACAGACAGCGGGUCCCAGUUCAGCUCCCACGGCUCCAUGCGGCUCUCUGACUCUGGCUCAGCAGAGGAUGUGGAAGAGUAUGAGAUCCGAGAUGGUAACGAUGGAUCUAACCUGAUUCAAAUGUCCAAGAACGGCCUCUCAGUGUCAAUGGCUUCCUUGUUCUCAGAUGCAGACAUCAAGAGGAACCCAGACUCCGGCAGGAAGUCCUUUCUCUCCUCAGAGUCCAUAUCCCACUCCUUCCUCAAUUCCAACUCGGCGGAGGCUGUGGCCAUGGGCUUACUGAAGCAGUUUGAGGGUAUGCAGCUCCCAGCUGCCUCUGAAUUGGAGUGGCUGGUUCCUGAGCACGACGCCCCGCAAAAGCUCCUGCCCAUCCCUGACUCUCUGCCCAUCUCUCCCGAUGACGGAGAACAUGCCGACAUCUACAAGCUGAGGAUUCGGGUGCGCGGAAACCUGGAGUGGGCCCCACCACGACCACAGAUCAUCUUCAAUGUUCACCCAGCCCCAACGAGGAAGGUGGCCGUGGCCAAGCAGAAUUACCGGUGUGCAGGCUGCGGCAUCCGGACUGAUCCUGAUUACAUCAAGCGGCUGCGGUACUGCGAAUACCUGGGGAAGUAUUUCUGCCAGUGCUGCCACGAGAACGCCCAGACGGUCAUCCCCAGCCGCAUCCUGCGCAAGUGGGACUUCAGCAAAUACUACGUGAGCAACUUCUCCAAAGACCUGCUGAGCAAGAUCUGGAGUGACCCGCUCUUCAACGUGCAGGAUAUCAAUCCUGCCCUGUACCGGAAAGUGAAGUCUCUCAACCAAGUGUGGCUGCUGCGAAUCCAGCUUUUCCACAUGAAGAACAUGUUUAAGACGUGUCGGCUAGCUAAAGACCUCCUAGACUCCUUUGAUGCGGUGCCUGGCCACUUGACGGAGGAUUUGCACCUCUACUCGCUAAGCGACCUCAGUGCCACAAAGAAAGGGGACCUGAUGCCUCGCCUAACAGAACUCCUGAAGGCAGGCAGCCUGCACGUUGAGAAAUGCAUGCUGUGCCAAGCCAAAGGCUUCAUCUGCGAGUUCUGCCAGAACGAGGGUGACAUCAUCUUCCCCUUUGAGCUCAACAAGUGCAGGACCUGUGAAGAUUGCAAAGCCUGCUACCACAAAUCCUGCUUCAAAUCCACAAACUGUCCCCGCUGCGAGCGGCUUCAAGCCCGGAGAGAGCUGCUGGCCAAACAGAGCAUGGAGUCCUAUGUCUCGGAUUACGAAGAUGAGCUGGAGCAGCCAGAGGCGGUGGCAGCCACAUGAGCACGUUGCAGCAGUGGAGCAGAUCGUGGGGUUAUUUAUGUGUGUGGCCUUCAUCACCAGAGACUGGGCUACAUAGACUGCAGACGAGGAGGACCAUCAGGAGCCCUGGAGCGCUGUCUUGAAGGGAUAUAUUUUCCCCCAUGCAGGAGUGCUGGGCUGGGGAAGGGGCAUCUUCCAUCAGGCGGGUCUGCUUCAGGUACUGCUCGCACUUCCUGAUGCCUUUGAUCCCGCCUGUCCUGCAGGCAGAACAGGGGCCUUUUCCAAGCAGUUGCUCAUGCCAGACCAGGCAGGGCUGAGCUGCUAGUCCUUGUGCCCUCCUCGCCGGCAGAGUCCUCCAGAGGGUCGGCAUUUUCUGCUCAUCACCUGGAUACUAGGAAGCUCUGGCCACAUCUGCUCCUUGGAGGCAGAAAAUCAGGUCUCUGAGUCCUCCGAUCCCCUGUCCUGCUGCUGGAGGUUGUGUGCAAGGGAGGGUGGGCAUUUGGGGUUGAUUGUACAUUUAACAGCUCCCUUUCUCAAAUCUGGCUUGGGACACUGCCGGAGAGCAGUUUCUCUCGCUCCAGGAUCAGAGCAGAGGAGGUGGCAGUGUGCCUGUCCGUGCCAUCUGUGCUGAGCUGCUUUUCCCUGCCUUCCACCGUCCACCUGUGCUGCUGAGGGGCUUUUCCCCUGGAGCAGCUGCACAAGGGGACCAGUGGUGCCAGGCUUUCAGCAGAGGCAGAUCCCUAUGGCCGGAGGAUGUAGUAAGCAAGGCUUCCAACGCUGCUUCCUCCUCAUGCUGUCGGUCUGUCCUCCUGGGGGGUGUUCUCCUCUAAGGGUGACAUGGGACCUCACUGGUGGCACCAGGACCUGCCUUGCGUGCAGCUGCCUUCUGCCCGAGACCUGGCAGGAUGUGGGUGAAGGCUCAGAGCCUCCAGCCAUAUCCCGAGCCUCUAGCCACAUCCCGAGCCUCUGUCUCGGUGUGUCAUUUUAGGUUGUUUUUUUUGUUUUUUAAUCUGCUGGAUUUAGUUUUAUUUUUUUUAAUGUGAUCAUUUGUAUUUUUAACUGUGUGUCCCGCUCCCCCCCACCAGGAGGUGCUACUUGAAAUGCCUCUUUAGGACACAUGUUACCUGCUUGGGACUCACCGGUAUAAAACCUCCAGGACUGUCCUGCUCCUGGUUCCUCACCCCUGGAUGGGGCUGGCGUUUGCCAGAUGUCUCCUGUCCCAGCAGAUCUCCUACUCCCCUUGGGAGAGGCGUCGCUGAGCCAGGCAAAGCCUCAAGGCUUCCCGACUGCAACACAGCGGGGCGGCCAGGCAGCCUGCUUGCAAUGGGGGUUGCAUGGGGGAGAGGGGUUUGGCACUGGGGUGCUGCAAAGGGUCAGUCCCUUGGCAAUGCAGAGCUGCCUGCCACAACUGAUAGCUCCAGGGGGGGUGCAAGGGGGUCCAAGAUGAGCUCUGCUCUCCGGGGCUAGUUGUCAGUUGAGGAGGCGCCCCUGCAUCGCAGAGGGAUGCUUUAGCCCAUGGCGCAGGUGAGUGUCCAGCACCACCUGUCAUGGGUGGGAUGUGGGGCGUUUGGAAGGACGGUGUGGCCUGUGUAUGUGCAAGAAGGGCGUUGAGGGACUGAGGAGCAAUACACUGGCAGAAGGCAUCUAGGGGCAAUGGCUCUUGCAGCUCAUGCCCUGGCUUGAGGCUGGGAUGUGAUCCUUCAUGGGCUGUCCCUGUGAGGGUGGCAGGAGAGGCUGGGACCAGGAGAGGUGGCUGCUAGGCUUGGUCAGGGAGGGUGGCUGCAAGUCUCGCUGCUGGGGGCCAGGCUGCUGCAUGGCAGUAUCUCCCCCCUGCUCUGCAGCAUCCUGACAGAGACAGGUCUAGCCUGGGAAGGGGGGUUCAGCUCCCCACUCGCUCCCCCAGGGUUUUUCCCUCCUCCUGUCUUGCUUCUGCUUGUUUUCCCCAGGAGAGCAGCUGCUCUCCUCCUCGCUCUCUGUCUCUGCAAGCCCUGGGGCUGCCAGAUGCUGGUCCAACUUGGUCUUUCCUGUCCCCAACCCCAAGCUGAGCCCUCUUGCUGCUGCCUGGAGCUGGCACCCCAGUCCCUUGAGCAGCACACCUCCAUCAGCCCUGUUUUGUUUGAAGCACUUUAAUGUCACGGGAUGGCAGCUGAGGGGCUGCCCCCAUCCCUUUCUAGAAGCACUGAGUACAUUUAGAGAAGAGGGAAGGGAUUUUGACUUAUUUGUGGUUUCCACCCUCCGCCAUAGACUUUGUCUGGAAGCAGCAGGACUUGCAAAGCUGGU